CUUAAAAUUCUUUAGUUUCAGAAGAAAAUGAUUUGUUGGUAAUUUAGAAAAUACAAGCCUCGAUAAAACUGCUAUUUUUCGAGCUUGGUAGUGGUUCUUAUUCAGCCGGUUUCAUGCUCAGUUAGCCAUAUCUGGCAAAGACAAUUACCGACCUUUGAAGAUUUUCUUGCUGCAAAGAUCAACAAUGGCCAGCCUUCCAGUGAACUCAGUCAGCUCCAAGCUUGGCCAAGUAAACCCUUGGUCCACGGAACUUUUCGACUGCUUCUCUGAUUCUUCCCUCUGCUGCAAGACAUGCUGUUGCCCAUGUAUUACUUUUGGCCAGAACGCAGAGAUUAUAGACCAAGGUUCAUCCUCUUGUUUUCUAAAUGCUUCUCUCUAUGUGAUAAUGCAUCACUUUACUGGUUGUGGGCUUUCGUUUUUGUACGGAUACUUCUACCGUCGAAAAUUGAGGCACCAAUACGGGUUGAAACAAAGCCCUUGUCAUGAUAUCUGUGUUCACUGCUGCUGCCACUACUGUGCCUUGUGUCAGGAGCAGCGCGAGCUCAGAAGCCAGGGAUACGACAUGCUAAUUGGAUGGCAAGCAAACGUGGAGAGACAGAACCGCGGCGUAACAAUGGCUCCCAUGGCGUACGGAGGGAUGAAACGAUGAGAAUGUACAGUGGAAAUUAUUUCCAUUUUCUAGUAUUUGCUGUUAUGUAUGGUUUACUUCGUGCAGAACGAUGUUAGGUAGUGGGUUUUUAUUGUGAAGUAACUGAUUAUGUAAGACAUGGAUAUUGUACCGUUAUUUUUUUUACGUGUUGUAGUCAAUUAUAUUUUCUCUCUCAUUUUAUUUUUUUCUAA